UGGAAUUGUAAGGUAACCUAGGUAUUACGGAAUGCUCUGGGGCGCAGGUGGUGGCUAUGACGUUUUCAUCCAACUGCCAAACGCACUGCAAUCAAACAACAGACAGACACAUGGGCGUCGUCUUUGAUCCCUACCGCCCCCUUAAACCCCGAGAAGCUCUGCAACCUGCUUGCCGCCCGCCACCCAUUGUCCACCGAGUUUAAGCUGGCUGCGAGGAGCAACAUGACGGGCGUGGCAUAAUCUCAUCCGCCCGUCGUUGCUGUUGCUGGUUCCGACCCCCGUUCCCCGCUCCCCCCUCGCAUCCUCAUCGCCCAACAUAACGAGCCCCGCUAUCGCUAUCGGGGUCGAGAUCGCCGCGUGACCCCCGAGAAGAUGUCGUUCGCAUCAAGAGUCGCUGCCUCGAACAACCACAGCCGCCGGGUCGGCAGCGUUCAGAGCGUCCACGAUGGCGUCAAACGGAACCGCGCCGGCUCGAGAGCCGGCCAGAGCGUUGUCUCGCGAGACGACGCCUACUCGUACGCCCUCCGUGUCGCCCUCCUCCACUACCUCCUCCAGCCGCGGAAGAAGCGAAAGGAGUACGUCAACGCCCCAAAGCCCGUAUCUCGUGUCCACACGUCGAGCGUCGGCGACCUGAUGAAGGAGCUUGUACCAAGCGGCUCGUCGUCCAUCAAGCUACCCCACAACUUCCGCCAUGCACUCGAAAAGCGCAUGUCUCUCGUCCUGCAGGGUGUCGAAAAAAUGCCCGGCUAUAACGAUCCUCCGGUGAAGAGAACCUUUGCUGAGGCCUACACGGCCUUUACGGCCAAGGAUUUUGCCAAAUCCAUUGACAAGGACCGCAAGGUCGAGCCUCUUGUCUUGAUCUUCUACUCGUCGGCGACAAAGGCGCAGGGCCGCGGCAAGGCGCCCGACGACCAUGCCUGGAAAGUGCUGGUCGACAGGCAUUUGGCCAUGUUCAUCCGCCUUCUCUCCAGUAUCCUCAAAGAUCUCGGUGGCGAGCGUGAUCGUCCCGAGCUCGUCAGCCGCCUCAACACGCUCGAGAAGAAGCUUCUUACGAACGACCAAAACUUGUUCCUCGACACGGGUCAGGCUGAUCAUUCCUUUGUCGAAGUCGAUAUCCCUCUCACCUACGAGGUUAAGGAUAUGCAGAUGGUUCAGGCCGUUGCCAAGAUAUUUGGUAUUUCCCACAGCCAGGUGCAGACUGAUCUGGACACCAACAUAUCGGCCUGGACCGAGGACGCUGCUCUAAAGGAUUUCAAGACCUACCAGUUCAGGCUCGCGGCAAACAUGCCUGGCACGUUGCAGAGACAGGAUUUUGAUGUAGAUGAUGCUUUUGAGGAGUGGAAGCGACAUGAGGGUCCUCAUCUGGCUAGAAUCUUUGCCGAAAUCCUAAGCGUUCGUCCCGAUCUGAGGAAGGCAUCCACGUCUGGAAAUGAUAAAAGCCUUCCGGUUCGCCCGAACUCCAUGUACGGGGAAGACCAGAGUUAUGCCGAUUUGGGCAAGAUGCUCUCCAAUACCGAUCCUAACGCUCUUGGCUUCGACCAAUCUGUUAGUCUGGGCUCGCUCUCGCUUGACGAUACAUCCACUAUACGGAGCGUUGACGAGCCGAGCUAUACAUUCAUCCCCACUGACCCCCGGGCUGUUUACAAGGCCAUUCUUCAGUAUGCCACGGCGUACGAUCAAUCCCAGCCUGAGACAGAUUCUCCCCUUUCUGAGGAGUCUACUGACCUCUUGAUUGAGCUAUCUGGUCGGUGGCGUAUCCCGCAAUUUUCUCGCUAUGUCACUUUUGUCGAGGUUGCAACUAGAAGGUUCAUCGACCAAGAGAUGGCACCGGAGCAGCUUUACGAGUGUCUUGACCUCGUUAAACAACCGCUACCUGAACCCAAAAAGCCGUCCAUGAUCCAGAUGUACACGUCCAGUCUGCCAGACAUCAGCUCAAGCAGAUGGACUAUGGUGGACUUCGCAGCAUACCAGCAAGCACUGAGGGAGCUUCACGAAGCAUUGCUCCGAGACCUCUACACUACUUUGAUGCGAUGCUACGAGACUAAACCGCCCAGCGUCGGCGUCACAAUGGCCCUCCUCAGUGAUCAUAUUUAUAACGACCCCGCCUUUUCACAACGGCCUGAAGAUGCUGUCGAGUAUUCUAGGCAUUUGGAGAAUGGGCUGCGCAAGCAAGCUGCCCAGGCCUACCGAGAUCAACUGGAUUCCAAAAUUCCCCGGAACCAGUUGGAAUGGAAUUUUGGGCACGUCGUCACGCUUGGCAAGGCGGUGGUCAGUCUUGUCGAGCGGACUAAGAAGCGCUACAAGAAGAAUCCAGAAGUCAUGGGCGUCAGCCCUUUUAAAAUUCUGGUGGAGUCAACGUUUCCGAGUUUUGAAGAGGAUGCUCAAGAGUUUAUAAAACGCGUCCUGGAAACUGCUUCUGAGCGCAACGAAGAAGUCGCACUGGAAGACGGCUUUGACCUCUACAAGGAACUCGUUGAAAUUAGGAAGAUCCACGUAGAUUCGCUUCCGGGAAAACCGUUCGCCUUCAGCAUUGAGAGCCUUCUCGAGGGCUUUAUUUGGCGUUGGAUCAGGAACACCGAAGAAAAGACGCCCGAGGUGGUUGAAGGGGCAGUCAAGCACGAUCAGUUCACGCUCCAGACCCAUAAUCCAGAUGGCAUUCCAAACGAUGACGAACGCCAUAGCAGUUCUAUUGUGGACACGUUCGCGCUCUUUAACGUGACUGUGGACCAGAUCCUCCAGUUUGAAUGGGGUGACGAAGUCCAUCACGCAAAGUUUAUGACGGCAGUUUCGAAAGGGUUUGCUGCUGGCAUUGGCCGUUACUGCGAGCUUGUUGAGCAGCAAUUCGCCAGGGAAAUGGAACGACAAACCUCACAGGAGGUUCUUGCCACUUCAAAGACGACACAGGAAAAGUUUUUCCAAUAUGCGAAAGACGCGUGGAACACGAAAGAAAGGAUUGAACCUUUUCAGUUCCUCCCCGAGUCAUUUGUGAAAUUCAACAACAUCGAAUGGGCCAUGCAAGCUCUCGAUAAGCUGGAGAAGAAGAUAAACGUAGACAGGUGUGCCGAGGUGCUCCGCACGGCGGGCGGUCCGAAACCGGUGGUUAAGAAGCCCGCUCAUUAUGUGUUCACGAUCAAGAUUGUGGAGGCCGAGGACUUGAAAGCGUGCGACCCAAGCGGAACCAGUGAUCCCUAUGUUGUGCUUUGCGACGAGUAUCAAAAGCGCCUCGCCAAGACCAGGAUCGUCAUGCGCAACCUGAAUCCGCGAUGGGACGAGUCAAUUGACAUCACUGUUUCGGGAGCGCUCAACAUCAUAGCAACCAUCUGGGACUAUGAUACCUUUGGGGACCAUGAUUUUGUUGGGCGGACUUCGCUUAAGUUGGACCCGGUUCACUUCAGUGACUACCUGCCGAGGGAGUUUUGGCUCGACCUCGACACGCAAGGCAGGCUCCUGCUCCGGGUUAGCAUGGAGGGUGAGCGUGACGACAUACAAUUCCAUUUCGGCAAGGCCUUCCGGCAUCUGAAGCGGACGGAGCGUGACAUGGUGCGCAAGAUCACCGAAAAGCUCACCCCGCAUAUCAACGCCUCUCUCUCGCCCGAGGCCCUGCGCAGCCUCCUAUCUCGCGGGCUUGCUGCCUCGAUGGCCAGCUUGUGGAAGAAGCGACAGUCCAACGCACCGCUGGUGACGGCCGCAGACGUCGAAAAUGCUCUAAGGCCGCUGUUUAACUACUUUAAUGAUAACUUUGCCAUCAUGAAGCAGACGCUAACCGACGCUACUAUGGUGGCUGUUAUGACGCGACUCUGGAAGGAGGUUCUAAUGGCCAUUGAGAACCUGGUCGUGCCUCCCCUGUCAGAUAAGCCUUCGACGCAGAAGUCGCUCACGCAGUCUGAGAUGGAUGUCGUGUACCGCUGGCUGGAGAUGCUUUUCGCGUUCUUUAACGCCAGGGACGUGACGGGUGAGGUACUGGGAGUUCCAGCGGACGUGCUAAAGUCGCCUAAGUGGCAUGAAUUAGCGUCGCUUAACUUCUUCUACUUCGACUCCACAGAGAACCUUAUCCGUACGUCAGAGCGCAUGGCGGCAGCUAACGUGCAGCGAGCCCAGCAACAGCAGCUGACAGAGCGGAGCGGUUUGGGAGCGAGUUUGGUGAACAACAGGCUGUCGGCGCCGCCCACAUUCGGGGCGACAUUCAGCGGGGCCGGGGCAUUCGGAAGCCUCGGCACGAUUCGGCGCGGAAAGAGCAUCAUGAUGAGCCGAAACCUGGGAACGAUGCGGCGGGCAAAAGAAGAGAAGCGCAAAGAGGCGCAAGCAGAUCCAAGCGACGACAUGAUUUUGCGUAUCCUCCGCAUGAGGCCUGAGGCAGCGGCCUAUCUCAGAGAUCGACAGCGGCAAAAGGAGCGCAUGGCAGCCACGCAAGCAGCAGCCAUGAUCGUCCGGCAGAGCGUCACGCAAGGAUUUAACGCAGGUCCGGCCUUUGGAGGUGCUCUCUAUGGGAGAAAUAACCUGCCUAGGCGAUAGUGGCCUGUGGUGGAUAAUGUAUAUGUUUACUUUCUUUGGACGUACAUGCCGUAAGUCUGCAUGGAUAGGAGACAAGAGGGGGGGAGAAAUAAUGAUAAUGACCCCUCCUCGAAUUAGCGCAGAUAUAUGGGUAACUGGUGGGGGUUGCUUUUACCUGGUUUGCUUAUCUUAUUUCCGUUGUUGAGGCAUCUGUCAAAGGCUAUGCCAUCUCCUUUUCUCUCAGUGUUUACAUUUAGCGUUUCGGUAUCGUCACUGUUUCUCUUGGGAAAGGGGGUUUAGUCGAUAUUUAUAUAAUUUGUUAUAACCGGGCCCUUAGCUGGGUACAUUGAUUCAACUACCCGGCACUUGAAGUUAU